AUGGGUCAAAAUUAUACGGAGAAUAUGAAACUCACGAGCGACGACAUUGUUGAUAUGUCUAAAAACCUUGAUAACCUAAUUACGGCUUUAGCUAAACAACAACUUGAGGAUGAAGAAAAGAGCAAGACCAAAGCUGUUGCAAAACGCCAACAAAGAGAAGAGGAACGAGUUGCUCGCACACAAGAAACAACUGAGAAUAAUAAGGUUCUCGCAGAUACCAUUACAACCAGUAUAACCACAGCUCUAACUAAUUUGUACACGACUCUGUCGACAAGUAUAUCCACUGCUUUGUCUUCUCACCUCAAUGGUAAUGGUAACAAUCGUGGUGAAACUCCUCCACCUCCGCCUGCCAGAGCUAGUGUUAUUAAUCUCAAGUUUCCUUACUUUGACGGAGAGGAUCCUGAUGGCUGGAUUUUUAACGCUGAUAAAUAUUUCUCGGUGCAUACAGCUGGUGAUGCUCUCAAGAUUACUAUUGCUGCUGCUAGUUUGAAAGGUGAUCAUAAUGUUUGGUAUCGUUGGAAACAAACCAAAGUUACGAUAGUUACAUGGGCGGAAUUUUGUUCGCAUGUUCGUGCUAGAUUUGUUCCUGACAAGUUUGUUGAUGCUCGGCUCGCCAUUAGCACAAUCAACCAAAACGGGUCAGUACGAGAACAUAUUCCUGAAAUUGAGAGAUUGUUAAAUUUCGUUGAUUUUCCAGAGGACUAUUUGAUUAGCUGCUUUAUUCGUUCAUUAAAACCACAUAUUGGUUGUAUGGUCAAAUUGCUUGCACCACAAUCCGUAUCCGAGGCUUUUACCAAAGCAAUUCACCAAGAAGAAGCAUAUGCAGCUACUAGGUUUAUACCUAGACAACCAUAUCGUCCUCCUCAUAUCAGGACUGAUGCUAAUGUACAACUUACUCCUUACAAUAAAUCUACAUUACCUCCAGGAGCAAGACUUUGUGUGAACCCUAGAUUAACAUUCUUGGAUAUCGAUGCGGAAGACACUGAUAUUCCUGCUGAGAAAUCUGAAGAAAUUAUUUCCUUUGAUCACGCUGAAGUUUCAGAAUCAGAACCAAAGAUUUCCUUUACUUCACUUAUGGGAUCUUCUUUUCCUAGAACAAUGCGUAUUAUGGGUUAUAUGAAGGGUCAGCCCCUCACAUUCUUGAUCGACUCAGGUUCUACUCAUAACUUUUUGCACCCCAACUUGGCUAGGCAAUGUGGUUACAUUCCACAAGUGAACGAUACUGCCUUAUGCGUUACAGCAGAAGAUGGUGGUCAGAUGCAGACUAAGGGCUCCUGUCAUAGCAUUCCAUUCACACUACAGGGCUAUUCUUUUUCAGCAGAUUUUCAUCUAUUGGAUAUCAGUGGAUGCGAUGCGGUUUUAGGUGUUCAUUGGCUACGCACAUUAGGUCCUAUUACAUGGGAUUUUUCUAAGCUUACUAUGCAUUUUCAAAACCAAGAUAAAGAGGUAUUCUUGCAGGGCACUAAUUCUGCUUCGAUUAGGUUAUUAGAUGCUACACCUAUGCAACAGUUAUUGAGCAAAGAAAGUUAUGCAAUUUUUCUCCAGAUUACUUCAGUUAUUUCUUCCACUCCAAGUGUACGUCAUUCACCUGAAAUUCAACAGUUGUUACAUGAGUUUUCUGAUAUAUUCGAGACAACAACUUCUCUUCCUCCAGAAAGGAUACACGAUCAUCGUAUUCCACUAGUUUCUGGUUCUACUCGGUCAAUGUGA